GUCGCGGCGGCCGGCCGGGCCGCGCGGCGCAAUACACGUUCCUCGUGCUCUUGUGAUUGUAAAUUUAAUAAUACAAAUUCAAAAAUUAAUUAAAUUUUUAAAAUUCUAACCGCGUCGAAUCGAAGAUAUUUUUAGGCUAAAAUUUCCCCGAUCCCCCAUUUUUUAAACCUGUUGGCAGUGAAUAAAAAGUUUUGCGAAAUUUUUAAUAUUUACGUCGGUUACAUUUCUAAGAGAUUAAACGUUUGGCCGUUAUUGAGAAUAUUUUUUAUUUAAGAUUUAUUUUUUUGAACUAGCGAACGACAAAUCAAGUGAGCAAUUGAUGAUUAUAAUUGAUUAAUGAUAAGCGUUAAAUUAAUCAUAAGGACUUAGGAGUAAUAUAAUUUAACUGACUGCCACAUACUUUAUUGAAGUAUUGUAUGUUGUUUUGACGAUUGUGAUUUUUACGGACUUUGAACUGUUUUGUGAUCCAAGGACCAAGACUUCCGGACCAAGACAAUCUACCAUCAGCCGAGAGUUCUCAAGCGUUGUGUAUUUUCUUUUAAAAGAUCCAGCGGGGCGCCACGGGCAGUUUCAUACAGGAUAGGUGUUCAAAAUCAUAUUAAUGAGCGGGCGAUGCGGCUCGAGUAGCGCGGUGGGGCCCUGCCCGCCGCCCGUCCGGCCAAUUGGGGCUCGUCUAGCCUAUGAUGUCAUCGGAGGAGGAGGCCGACUCACACGCGCCCUACUCGGAUAAGCUCCUAAAGAAACAGAAACGCGUCAGACAGCGCGUGGACGCCGGUGAGCCACGCAAUUCUUAUUCAACUCUCGCGACGAACGGACCCGCGCCCGCGCGCGCCGCACACAUGAGUGGGGGACUUUACGGCGCCAUCUUCGAGGGUCGCCAACACUUCGGCCUCUUCGGUCCUUGCUACGCGCCCGCAGAGAUGCUCAACGAACUGUUGGGCCGCGCACCCAAGCAGGAGGACAACAGCGAUGAGGCGAGCGGUGGCGACAUGCUUCGCGAUCGCGUACUCAGAGACAUUUUACAGAGUCGCAAGAAGGAACUCAUGCGGCUCUCCCCGGACAAUAAUAACGUACUUGCAAACAAUAACAAUGAUGAACCCAAGGAGGAGAAGCUUUCGCCAGAACGGCCGAUUUCUCGUGACUCGCGCCCAGAUCUCGAUGACGCUCUCCUGACACUAGAUAACGCUUGUGAUUCACGUACUUCACCACCGCCUGCACCGCCACCUUCAGACCAGCUUCUUGCACCUAAGUCGGAACCCGAGGACCGCGAUAGUGACGCACAAAGGUCCUCCCCGCGACCACAGGAUGUGAAACGUGCUCGUGUAGAAAAUAUAGUGUCGACGAUGCGUUCUAGUCCAGCGCCACAACAACCUCAAGUGAACGGCUGCAAGAAACGGAAGUUGUACCACCCGCAACAACACGACGGUGCUGCAGAGAGGUACGGCGCCAGCCAUGGCAGCAGUGCUCAAACAGUGUCGGAUGAUUCAGAGGAUGACGGUGAGCGACCUCCGAUUCAACAAAAAUUAGUAGAAAAAAAUGCUUUAAAAUCCCAAUUAAGAACCAUGCAAGAACAGUUAGCUGAGAUGCAAGAAAAAUAUUUGCAACUUUGUAAUCGCAUGGGUCAAGAAUCUGAAACUAUCGAUAAUGACGGUGCUUCUAGUGAUGUAGAACAAAACGACGAUACAGUUCCAAAGUCAGAACCGGCGUCGCCUGUUAAGGAGGUUCCACCGCCGAUACCUAAUAGUGCUGCACCAAAUAUGCUUUCACAAGUGAUGAGUAAGAUGAUAUCUGCGAAAAUACAAGCUCACAAUGCCGCCCAUCCACAUUUACCACCAGGCUUUAACGGUACUCUUCCAAUGAUACCGCAUCUACCGCACGGUGAACACAUGCAUCCACAACACACGCAUCAGCAUCUCAACAACGCAGCCGCUAUGUACCUCAAUGUUAGCCAGAAAUUAUUCUUAGAACAGGAAGCACGCAUGAAAGAAGCAAGUGAACAUCAACAAAAUAAUCAGCAACAGAGGCCACAGUCCAAUCAACAUUCGCCUCAACAACGACAAAUGGGCCAAACACCUAAACCACCUUUACCGUCAGAACUCGCAGAACGAUUAGAUGCACUACGUAGCAACACAGGUUCAGUUGGCCCUAUAACGGGGGCUGACCUCGAAAGCCUGGCUGAUGUUCUCAAGAGUGAAAUAACAGCAUCGUUAGCCAGUCUUAUUGAUUCAAUUGUGACACGUUUUGUGCAUCAGCGACGCAUUAUGGGCAAGCAAUCGGAAGCGGCUGCAGCGGCUGCUGAACAAUUAAACAAAGAUUUGAUGCGAGCUACGCGGAUGAUCGACAGAAAAUCGCCGCCUCCUAAGGCUCCAGAGAGGCCACCCGGACAAAUGUCAGGUAACCCACCCGUCCAUCACCCGGGUGCGCCUAACGGCGUACCGUUUAUGACAAAUAACCCGUUAUUUAUGAGCCAUAUGAAUGGCCCCCGUGCGCCAGGCGGCGCGGCUUUCCCGCUGCACCCCGAGGCGGGCGGGCCCGGCCACGGCGCUCACAUGCGACCUCCAACAGGCCUGUUCCAGACGCCGCAGAAGCCAAUGCCGUCACACUUUGGCCCGAUGAACGGACACUUCGACCGGGAUCAAAGCAUGGACUCGAUCGAACCUUUAAGUUUGGUCGUCACGCCCAAGAAAAAACGGCACAAGGUCACCGACACGCGAAUCACGCCGCGCACCGUCAGUCGAAUCCUAGGAGAGGGCGUCGGACAAUCGCCCGAAAGUAAAUUCCCCGAAUCGCCGUCUCCACGGCCGUUCCCGGGAGGGAUGGCGUUACCGACAUCCGUGGCGAUACCGAACCCGUCGCUGCACGAGAGCCAAGUGUUCUCACCGUACUCGCCAUUUUUUGGGGCGGGUGGUGGGCUAGCUCGAUCACCACCGGCGCCAGAGCGGGACUCGCCGCCGCUGCCGAACGCGCCGGCGAUGCUGCACCCGGUGCUGCUGGCGGCGGCGCACCACGGCUCGCCGGACUACCUGCGCCCGCACCACCCGCACGUGCCGCACCACGCCGCCGGCCCGCACCACCCGCACAUGGACACGCAGGAUCCGCACUCCGACUGCAACUCCACUGACCUGCCCUACGAUGGAGUUCAGCCUACUUCUUCAACAUUAACGCCGAUGCACCUACGCAAGGCCAAGCUGAUGUUCUUCUGGGUGCGGUACCCGAGCUCAGCGGUCCUCAAAAUGUACUUCCCGGACAUCAAGUUCAACAAGAACAAUACUGCACAGCUCGUCAAGUGGUUCUCAAACUUUAGAGAGUUCUACUACAUCCAAAUGGAGAAGUACGCCAGACAGGCCAUCAGUGAAGGCCUGAAGACGGCAGACGAUCUCCAUGUAGCUGGUGACUCCGAGCUGUACAGAGUCCUGAACCUACAUUACAACAGAAAUAACCACAUUGAGGUUCCACCAAACUUCAGAUACGUGGUGGAGCAGACGCUGCGCGAGUUCUUCCGCGCCAUCCAGGGCGGCAAGGACGCCGAGCAGAGCUGGAAGAAGUCCAUCUACAAGGUCAUCUCGCGGCUCGACGACCCCGUCCCGGAGUACUUCAAGUCGCCUAACUUCCUCGAACAGUUGGAGUGAGCGCGACGACUCGACGCACACACGUUUCGGCAAACAAAAUUCGAAAAAUAAAACAUAUUGGACGAAAGUUUCGCACACCAAAAUUUUACGACACUCGCAUUUAGGCCUUCAGAUUCAAAAUUAUUAAUAAAAAAGUUAAAUUAAAUUAUUAAAGAAAUUGAAUUCGUACGUUGAACGUCGAGAGGCGUGGCGCGGCGCGCGGCUCGCCUCGCCACGGCCGCCGCUCUACUAGGAAAUUCAUUAGGUUAUACGAGUAAGAAGAAAUUUAAGUCACCUAGAAUUUUAUUUGUGCACAUAAUAUAUUUCGCUAUAUAUAAUUAUUAUUAUAUUAUUAUUAAGUAUUAUCAUAAAUGGUUUUUAUAGUUAUGUAUAUCUUAAAUCAUUUAUUGAUUUAUUAUUUAAGGAAGAAAACGAUUAAUAUAUUAACUGCUUAAGUUUGAAA